UUACAAAAUGAGAAAGGCUGUAGGGACGAGGUGCUUAAAACGUGUGCUCGUAGGAGGGGCCCUGCAGACAGGGCUGACGGGGUGUAGUGGAGGCGCGGUUCGUGCUCCGCGGGACGGAGGGUGACUUGGUACGCUCGUUUACUGCUGCUGCAGCCAUGUCCCGAGAGCCCGAGAUCAUGGAGUCGCAGGUGAUGUGGGAGCCCGACACGAAGCGCAACACUCACAUGGAUCGGUUCCGCGCCGCCGUGGCCGACAGCUGCGGGCUCCGCCUGGCCAACUACAAUGACUUGUACCAGUGGUCGGUGGAAUCCUUCUCAGACUUCUGGGCAGAGUUCUGGAAGUACAGUAACAUUGUCUGCUCUCGCCUGUAUGAUGAGGUGGUUGAUACCUCCAAAAGCAUUGCAGAUGUCCCAGAGUGGUUUAAAGGAAGUCGUCUGAACUACGCAGAGAAUCUUCUGAAGCACAAGGACAAUGACAAGAUUGCACUGUAUGCAGCAAAGGAAGGCAAAGAAGAAAUCCUGAAAGUUACUUUUGAAGAACUGAGACAAGCUGUAGCUUUGUAUGCUGCAGCCAUGAGGAAGAUGGGAGUAAAAGUAGGAGACAGAGUUGUGGGUUACUUACCAAACAGUAUUCAUGCAGUGGAAGCAAUGCUGGCUGCUGCAAGUAUUGGUGCUAUCUGGAGUUCAACAUCACCAGACUUUGGCAUUAACGGUGUACUGGACAGAUUUUCCCAAAUUCAACCUAAGCUCAUCUUCUCUGUUGAAGCUGUUAUAUACAAUGGCAAAGAACAUAACCACUUGGAAAAGCUGCUUAGCGUGGUAAAAGGGCUUCCAGACCUGAAGAAAGUGGUGGUGAUUCCAUAUGUUUUCUCAAGGGAAACCAUAGAUAUUUCUAAGAUUCCAAACAGUAUCUUUUUAGAAGACUUCCUUGCUACUGGGAAAGGAGACCAAGCCCCCCAGCUGGAGUUUGAACAGCUGCCUUUCAGUCAUCCUCUCUUCAUCAUGUAUUCAUCAGGCACAACAGGGGCACCGAAAUGCAUGGUUCAUUCAGCAGGGGGUACACUAAUACAGCAUCUGAAGGAACACAUUCUUCAUGGCAACAUGACAAGCAGUGACAUCAUUAUGUACUACACAACGACUGGGUGGAUGAUGUGGAAUUGGUUAGUGACUGCACUUGCUACAGGAGCAUCAGUUGUCCUUUAUGAUGGAUCUCCUCUGAUUCCAUCACCAAAUGUGCUCUGGGACUUGACUGACAGACUAGGGAUCACCAUCCUUGGAACGGGUGCAAAGUGGCUGGCUGUGCUAGAGGAGAAAAAUUUAAAACCAUGUGAAACACACAACCUCCAAACACUCCACACUAUCCUGUCGACAGGAUCACCGCUUAAGUCGCAAAGCUAUGAGUAUGUCUACAAACACAUAAAAAGCAGUGUUCUCCUGGGAUCCAUUUCAGGUGGAACAGAUAUCAUUUCAUGUUUCAUGGGUCAUAAUGUUACAAUUCCAGUUUACAAAGGAGAAAUUCAGGCCAGAAAUCUGGGAAUGGCUGUAGAAGCAUGGAAUGAUGAAGGAAAACCAGUUUGGGGUGAAAGUGGAGAACUGGUUUGUACCAAGCCUAUUCCCUGUCAGCCUACACACUUCUGGAAUGAUGAGAAUGGAAACAAGUACAGAAAGGCUUAUUUCUCAAAAUUCCCAGGUGUUUGGGCCCAUGGUGAUUACUGCAAGAUCAAUCCCAAAACAGGAGGAAUUGUCAUGCUGGGUCGCAGUGAUGGUACAUUAAAUCCUAAUGGAGUAAGAUUUGGAAGUUCUGAGAUCUAUAACAUAGUUGAAGCCUUUGAGGAGGUUUCCGAUAGCCUCUGUGUCCCUCAGUACAACAAAGAUGGGGAGGAGAGGGUGAUACUCUUCCUGAAGAUGACUUCAAACCAUGUCUUCAGCGAGCAUCUGGUGAAAAAAAUCCGUGAUGCCAUUCGGGUAGCACUUUCUGCCAGGCAUGUUCCAAGCCUCAUUCUGGAAACCAAAGGCAUUCCGUAUACAAUAAAUGGGAAAAAAGUGGAAGUGGCUGUGAAGCAAAUAAUUGCAGGGAAAGAAGUUGAGCAGCGGGGAGCUUUCUCAAACCCAGAGACUUUGGACCUGUACCAAAACAUCCCUGAGCUUCAGAACUUCUGAAGUCACUUGUCUGGGUGGUUUGUUGUUUCUCUCUUUAUUUUUUGCAUCUGUCUUUGUUCUGUGUUUGUUUUGUAUAUACCAAUAUUGUAUGUAAAGAUAAAAAGCUCUAUUUAAUACCAGUGGUUCUUUUAAAAAAGAAAAACUCUUUCAUGAAGUGCAUUAUGAAAGGCUUGAGUAAAGCUUAGCUCCCUUUUUAUUGGUUCAAUAUGCCAUACCUCUUGGAGUGUUUUCCAGCCUGGAAGGAGGAACCUGCCUGUCUUGGUUUUUUGUGUAUGAGUACAUCUUUUCUUGUUAGAUUUACUUCAGCAGCCCAUCAGAUGGGAGCACCAAUACCAUAAGUUACAGUUACAAACAGAUUAUUUCUUUCAUGAAAUGCUUUCUUUUUUUUUUAAACUGGAUUUUUUUAGCUAUUAUUUUUCCAUCCAUGUGUUUCAGGUCACCUGUAAGGACUAAACAGUGUUUUUAAGUACUUAACCAUGAAACAUGGAGGUGUUCUGUACGUAGUGUGCACUUCAAUGUUUUUAUAAAGCCAAAUCAUAAUGCACUAAAGCCCUUCGACUUGACUUGGAGUAAUCUCAGUCUUGAAAUAUCUCAUGGUACCCUUGAAGACAAUUGCUGCUUCAUGUUGUGAUGUAACCUUCCUCUUGUUUUAAACUUCUAGUUGAUAGACUCCUGGGGAUUUGGAAAGUGAGGGAGCGAUCACAUCCUCCUCAUUCCUGGUGUAACUCCAGGUUAUUUCCAUGGAGUUUGCAGUCGUUGCUCUGGAUUGACGACAUUGCAGUUGAAGGCAGCAUUUUGCUUCCUCAUUUUGUUGGCUAUAAGGCAACAAAUCCUGUGUUACAUUAGCUGAAGAAUUCCAGUCUGUUUGUUUCUGAAAAGCUGGUGGGGUUUGUAACUUUUUUUUUUACUAAAUGUCAUGUUGAAAGUGAAAGACUAAAAUGUUCUCUAUCUCUGUGUCCUUCCAGUUUAUAAAGGGAAAAAAUACUGUAAUGAGCAUACUAAAACAGUAAAAUGGAAGCACUGAAGCACUGCUUGGUUUUUCAUAAAAUACAGUUGCAGUAGUUGUACCAAACCUUUGGCACUGUUUCUCCUGCACUAUUUGAAGUUUGUGGGUUAAGUAUUUAAUGCAUUGAGAUCAUUAUGUACUUAAAAUUGUGUUUGGAUGCAUUUGGCAUUGAUAAAGAGUUAAUUAAAAUAAAUUGAUUCUUUAUAUAUAUUCUAUAUUA